CAAUGGAAUGGUUUGUUGCAACAGGUUGCCUAUGACUAGUUUGUGAUCCCAGUGGUUUGAUGGGUAUUGAUUUUGACAGUUUUCUAGUCGCAGGGCUCUUAAUAUAUUUGGUUAAGCAAAUUGGUAUUAGAGCUUGCCCUCACAUCUCAAGGAUUUGGACAAUAGUAAGAGAAAGUAGCUCUUUUGACACAAAAAUGGCUAGGCAUCCGACUGGGUUCAAGCUUCCAGGUUCCAUGCUCCAGAUCUGCGCGUGGUGUUUGCACUGCCAUAUCAGUUCAUGGAUUUAUCUGUGAUCGGUACCCAGAAGGCCCAGAACUAGAUUGUAGACCUGAGUAUCAGAAAGAAUGAGAGCUCGACCCUUCAUUUAUGUUGUCCUCAAUCCUUUCCCAUGCCCUUAUUCUCUGUUCAUCUUUAUCCUUCUCAAGUAGAACUCUUACAGCAAACCUCAAAAUCUCCAGGAAGACUUGUUUCUAUGCCAGUGUUCUCUCCCAACACACCCAUUGUAAUCCCACCCUUGAGUACGUCCCACCACUCUCUCUCUUGGCAAGCUGUAAAUCUAUGGAACAACUCAAACAGGUCCAUUCUCGAUUGAUCACAACUGGUCUCAUACAUGAUCCCGUCGAACAAUGCCGAAUCAUCACCUUCUGCUGCACCCAUGAAACAGGUGAUAUGGAUUAUGCCCGCCUUCUAUUCGAUAGAAUUCAUGAACCCAGUCUCUUUCUUUGGAACACAAUGAUCAAAGGCUAUUCUCAAAGAAAUUGCUCCACUCUUGCAGCUUCAAUGUAUUUUGAAAUGUUAAAGAAGGGUUUUUGGCCUGACCACUACACAUUUCCUUCCUUACUCAAGGCAUUCACUCGUGAAAUAGCGUCUUGUUGUGGGAGAGAGUUCCAUGCUCAUAUCCUCAAGUUUGGCUUUGAUUCUAAUGCAUUUGCACAAAAUGCUCUGAUCCAUAUGUACACUUCGUGUGGUCAUAUUGAAACAGCCCAUGGAGUCUUCGAUAGGAGCUCCAAAAGAGAUGUGCUUUCUUGGAAUGCCAUGAUUUCUGGUUACAACAGGAGUAAAAACUUUGAAGAAUCACGGAAUCUUUUCAAUGAGAUGGAGAAAGAGAGAGUAUUGCCCACUUCAGUUACCUUAGUUUCAGUUCUAUCAGCUUGUGCUAAAUUGAAGGAUUUGAAGACCGCGAAGAGAGUUCAUCAGUAUGUCAAAGACCAAAGGGUCAAAUCUAAUCUGAAACUGGAAAAUGCUCUGAUUGACAUGCAUGCAGUAUGUGGGGAACUGAAUGUUGCGCUUGAGCUGUUCCAGACCAUGAAGGCUAGAGAUGUAAUUUCUUGGACUGCCAUUGUAUCUGGGCUUGCACAUUCAGAGCAACUUGACAAAGCUCGAGAAUACUUUGAUCAGAUGCCCCAAAGAGACUUUGUUUCGUGGACAGCCAUGAUUGAUGGGUAUCUACGGGCCAACCGUUUCAAAGAGGCAUUGAAGAUUUUCCGUGAGAUGCAGGCUGCAAAGAUCAAGCCAGAUGAGUACACAAUGGUUAGUAUACUCACGGCUUGUGCGAAUCUUGGGGCACUUGAGAUAGGGGAAUGGAUUAGGCUUUACAUUGACAAGAAAAGGAUGAAGAUUGAUGUUUUUGUAGGAAAUGCUCUCAUAGACAUGUAUUCCAAAUGUGGGAAUGUAAAAAGUGCAUUAAAGGUCUUCAAAGAGAUGCCUCAAAGGGACAAGUUUACAUGGACUGCCAUGAUUUCUGGCCUUGCUGUUAACGGGCAUGGGAAAGAAGCUCUUGAUCUGUUCUCCAAGAUGAUUGAAGCCUCAAUAAUGCCAGAUGAAGUAACCUACAUUGGUGUUCUUUGUGCUUGUACUCAUGGAGGCAUGGUGGAUAAGGGAAGAGAACUCUUCUCUAGAAUGACAAUACUCCAUGGCAUUAAGCCUAAUGUGGCUCACUAUGGAUGCAUGGUUGAUCUUCUUGGUCGAUCAGGACAGCUAAGAGAAGCCCUGGAGUUUAUAACAAAAAUGCCAAUAAGACCGAAUUUUGUUGUUUGGGGUGCUCUUCUUGGUGCUUGUCGAGUUCACAAGGAUGCAGACCUGGCUGAAAUGGCAGCUAAGAGACUACUUGAAUUAGAACCUGAAAAUGGAGCUGUAUAUGUUCUACUGUCUAAUAUAUAUGCAGCUUGCAAAAAGUGGGAUGAUGUGCGAAAAGUAAGGGAAACAAUGAUGGACAGGGGUAUCAAGAAGAUCCCAGGUUGUAGUCUGAUAGAGAUGAAUGGUGGUGUUCAUGAGUUUGUAGCUGGAGACCAGUCCCACCCUGAGUCCAUUAAGAUAUACUCAAAGUUAGAUGAGAUAACUCAGGAGUUGAAGUUAUCUGGGUAUGUGCCCAACACAACAGAGGUCUUCCUUGAUAUUGGAGAGGAGGAGAAAGAGACUGCACUUCACUGGCACAGUGAGAAAUUGGCAAUUGCAUUUGGGUUGAUAUCUUCAGGGCCGGGGGUCACAAUUAGAAUAGUGAAGAAUCUCAGGAUGUGUGUUGACUGCCACCAUGUGGCAAAGUUGAUAUCUAGACUGUAUAAUAGGGAAGUAAUAGUCAGGGACCGGACUCGCUUCCACCAUUUCACACAUGGUUCAUGUUCAUGUAAAGAUUUCUGGUGAGAAUUCUCUCGUGUAGGGGCAGGACCUGGACCACAGCAAAUCCAUGGAUAGCGCCAUUUUUCACUGCAGCAAGUCUCGAACCUGAGACCUCUUCGAGAGGAGGGAUGCUGCCAGCCACCUGAGCAAGGGACUAUUUGACAGAUCCAUCCAUCAAAGAUCAUCCCUGCAUCUAUUUUCUUGGAGGCUGCAAAGAAUUGUGUUGCAAAAAAGGGCUACUUGCUGCAUGGUGAAUAUCAAACAAAUCAAACAGAUGCUAGUGAUAGUUUUGUAUGCAUGAGCAGAAAUUCAUCAAUGACCACCCUUUAAGCAUAUCACAUUGUCAAAAUUAUUUUGGUGGUAGCUAACUAGGUAUUAUAUUCAAGGUUGAAAACUUUAAAUCUGGACACAAGAUUAGCUUCCAUCGAUUCCGAUUUGAAUACAACAACAACAAUUCACCCUAUAUA